UCAGGAGUUCCAGAUCAUCCUCAGCUACAGAGACAGUUGCAAGCAAGCCUGGACUAUUUGAGACUCCCUCUCUAAAAAUACAAAAGAGCAUAAAGUUCUUAGAGCCAGACUUGGUGACUUAUACCCUGUAAUUCCAGCACGUUGAAGCUGAGGCAGAAGGAUUGCUUUGAGUUUGAGACCUUGUCUCAAAAAGAAAAGUUGUGGACUAGAGAGGUGGCUCAGUGGUUAAGAGCAUUUGACUGUUCUUCCAGAGGAUGGGGUUUGACACUCACAGACAUUCAUGCGGGCAAAACAGAGAUAGAAAGAAAGAGAUAGGUUUUUAAGACAGUGAAGUCAGUAUUUAUUAACAGCUAUGCAGCUGAAUUCAGAUACUUACUGAGUGUUUAUUAAGGCUAGAGCACUAUAUGUAUUAUCACAUACCUGAUAUGUCAUGGCUACUUGCACUUAAAAUAGGUAUGAUUCCUACUUUCCAGGGGCCACUCUUUGGGAUGGAACUAGUCUAUGCUGUAACUUGACCCACAGAAAAACAAGCCAGCAGCCCAGCUAGCUGACUUCAUGUGAAAGAUGGCCAAUGCGGAAGUGAGUGUCCCAGUGGGAGACGUGGUUGUGGUGCCCACUGAAGGAAAUGAAGGCGAGAACCCUGAAGACACUAAAACUCAAGUGAUCUUGCAGUUACAGCCUGUGCAGCAAGGGAUUUAUGAAGCCGGGUCAGAGAACAGUGCAGCAGUUGUAGCCGUAGAGACCCACACGAUACACAAAAUUGAAGAAGGAAUUGAUGCAAGCAGCAUAGAAGCAAACGAGGACAUGGAAAUCGCUUACCCUAUAACCUGUGGGGAGAGUAAAGCCGUCCUCCUCUGGAAGAAGUUCGUGUGUCCCGGAAUAAAUGUGAAGUGCGUCAAGUUCAAUGAUCAGUUGAUCAGCCCCAAGCACUUUGUUCAUCUGGCUGGCAAGUCCACUCUGAAGGACUGGAAGAGGGCCAUCCGUCUAGGCGGCAUCAUGCUCAGGAAGAUGAUGGACUCUGGACAGAUCGACUUUUACCAGCAUGACAAAGUUUGCUCCAACACCUGCAGGAGCACCAAGUUUGACCUUCUGAUCAGCAGCGCGAGGGCUCCAGUGCCGGGACAGCAGACAAGUGUGGUGCAGACGCCCACCUCGGCCGAUGGGAACAUCACACAGAUCGCCAUCUCAGAGGAGAGCAUGGAAGAGGCUGGGCUGGAGUGGAACUCAGCCCUCACCGCCGCUGUCACCAUGGCCACAGAGGAGGGGAUAAAGAAAGAGUCUGAAGAGAUUUCAGAGGACACUCUGAUGUUCUGGAAGGGGAUAGCUGAUGUGGGGCUGAUGGAGGAGGUGGUCUGCAACAUACAAAAGGAGAUAGAAGAGCUUCUCAGGGGUGUCCAGCAGCGGCUCAUUCAUGCUCCUUUCCAGGUCACAGAUGCUGCUGUUCUGAACAAUGUGGCCAACACAUUUGGCCUCAUGGACACAGUCAAGAGAGUUUUGGACAACAGACGGAAGCAAGUGGAGCAUGGAGAGGAACAGUUUCUCUAUACCCUGGCGGACUUGGAACGGCAGUUGGAAGAGCAGAAAAAGCAAGCCCAAGAUCCCAGACUGAAAUCCCAGACGGUUCAAAAUGUGGUACUGAUGCCUGUGAGCACCCCAAAGCCUCCAAAAAGACCCCGGCUCCAGCGGCCAGCCUCCACCACCGUCCUGAGCCCUUCUCCUGUCCAGCAGCCGCAGUUUACUGUCAUCUCGCCCAUCACCAUCACCCCCGUGGGUCAGUCUUUCUCCAUGGGCAAUAUCCCGGUGGCUACCCUCAGCCAGGGCACCAGUCCUGUGACUGUCCACACGCUGCCUUCUGGCCCUCAGCUCUUCCGCUAUGCCACAGUGGUUUCCUCUGCCAAGAGCAACUCACCAGACACAGUAACCAUCCACCCUUCAUCAAGUUUGGCACUGCUAAGCUCCACCUCUAUGCAGGAUGGGAGUACCCUGGGCAAUAUGGCCACCAUGGUGAGCCCCGUGGAGCUGGUGGCCAUGGAGUCUGGCCUGACUUCAGCAAUCCAGGCUGUGGAAAGCACCUCUGAGGAUGGGCAGACCAUCAUUGAAAUCGACCCUGCCCCAGAUCCUGAGGCCGAUGACCCUGAGGGCAAAGCAGUCAUCCUGGAGACAGAGCUGAGGACUGAGGAGAAGGUGGUAGCCGACAUGGAAGAGCACCAGCACCAGGUCCACAAUGUGGAGAUUGUGGUCCUGGAGGACUGACCGGGACGGGGCCAGAGCUGGGUUUUGGUUUGGAAUUUUAAUUAUGUUUAUUUUUAUCAUUGUCCCACUCAUUUCCACAUAGAAACUUUUUUUUUUUUUGUUAAAAAAACCAAACAAACUACAAAAUCUUGUUGUAACUGAAAAUGUUGGGUUCCUCCUACUCCCUCAUUGACAAACGGACAGAACAAGCUACCUUUCCAGAUGUUAGGAACAGGCCACCCAGGGUCCAAAUCAUCUUUCCCCAAGAAAGGUAAUUGCUUUUAGGGGAGGUGUCAGAAUAACCAGGAAUCCUUUCCAGAAUAGUCUGUGUAUACGUGCAUGGUUUCACUCUUGUAAAGAUGUACUGACCAGACCCUGGGACACAGAUCUGACGCCAGAAGACGACCAGCUCUGCUCUGGAUCCAGAAGCCUGCUCACCUCUGUAUCCUAGAUAUCAUGGCCUCAGACGCUGGUGCAAAACUCUGAAACAGCAGGAAGCUGGCUCUGCUUGGGCAGAGGGUAGCAUGAUCAGCAGCUUAAGGGGAAGCCCUUUGACAAGGAGCGGGCAAGGAAGGGUCUUCCAGAGGUGCAUCCCGUGCCCCUCGAGCUCUCUGAGAGUUGGGUACCAUUUUCAUAAGAGGUCAGAGAUAUUCAGAAAGACACACAGCUGUGCUUUUGGGAUAGCACACCUUGCCCCAAGCCUUGUCAAAGCCCUGAGCCUCCUCACCAAGGAUUAUUAGUCCAUUCCUUUGCAGACUGAUGUGGUAUAAAUUGUUCUAGUUCUUGGACUGUGGCUGUCAUGGAGGGGGGGCUCCAAGGCCAUCAUUUUUUGUUUCUUGACUCCAGGAAUGGCAGAGUCCCUCAUGUAGACUAGCUGCUAUUUUCAGUGGAUCCCUGCAUAUGUGUGUGUGUGUGUGGUAUGUGUGUCUGUGCAUGUGGUGUGUGUAUGUGUGCAUGUGUGUGGUGUGUAUGUGUGCGUGUGGUGUGUGUGUGAACGUGUGUACAUGUUUUGGCUUUGGAACCAAAAGCAGUCCUUCAUUUGGUGCUUCCCCUUCUUUUACUUCAGUCUGCUGGAUCCCACGCUUUGAAGCCUCUCGGCAGAGAGCAAUGACAGGUGCCUGCCUGCCUUCAUUCCCUUGGAGAUUCUCCUCUACUGUUUAUACCUCAGAUGUUUCUGAGAGAUACAGUACUCAUAAAGGGACUUCAACCAACACCUCCAGCCUUUCCUGAGGCAUGGACUAGUUGUCUCCUGAGAGAGCUGGACUUCCUAGGAAAGAGACAUUGUCUAUGAUAGUGUACGAAAUAUGACAACAAUGUCAGUAACAUCUGGGUGGGGCUUCUUUCUAAAUGCUGUUUGUACAUUCAGAACUCCUAGGCCACUUUUCCUACUGUGAUCUCAUUUCUUUGAUUCUCUUCAGGGUUUGGGGAAGAGGGAGCAGUUUCUAAUUUCUUUAAUUAUAUUGUUUACUAUAUUAGGGGAAAUAUAGACACUCUCCUGGUGACUUUAUAGGUCAGAAAAACAUACAGCUUAGGAGUCGGAUUUAUUAUUAUUAUUAAAAGUAAGAUUCUUACUUUAGUUUUUAAAAAGGAUGGGGAAGGAUGCCUGUCUAAACUUGUCUUCCUACCUGCAGGUUUUGAAAAUCCUGUAAGCAACCGAAAGUUGUACCUCCCAUCUCUUAGAUGGCCAUAUGUCACCGGGGAAGCCCUUGGGGAUCACUCUGAAGGUCCUUGAGAGUGCGAUUUCUGAACUCUAUUCAGACUUGCUUCAGCUUUAAAACUGGACUUUUCAGAAUAUUUAAUUAGGCUGGGGACAGAACUGAGUAGAUGAAGGGUUCACCUAGCAUGCAUGGAACCUUGGGUCUAGUCUCCAGCAGGAGUUAAAGUGGGCACAGGGCACUUGCCUUUGACCCUAACGCUUAGGAAGUAGAGACAGGAGACUUAGAGGUUCAAGGUCAUACAAAACAAGUUCAAGACUGACCUAGGAUAUAUGGAAUAAUGUCUCAAGAACAGUUCUGGUUUUGGUCUGUUUUUGGACAAGCUUUUGGUCUCUUACAUUAUUAGUGAAGGAAGUAGAAUUUAUUUCUGGCUUCCUUAGACUCUCUGUUAAUAUAUAGGAAUUUUUAUUACACUUAUUUAUCUGUGUGCGUGCAUGUGUGCUUUGUGUGUAUGUAUGUGUGUGUGUCUGUGUGGGUGUGUGAUGGAGAGCUUGCUAUGGUAUGUAUGUGGAGGUCAGAGGAGUCCGUUCUCUCCUUCCACCAUGUGGGUCCUGGGGAUUGAACUCAGGUUGCCAGGCUUGGUGGCAAGCACCCUCAUCCACUGAGCCAUCUUGCCAGCCCUUAAAGUUUCAGUCUUAAGGCUGAAACUGUUACUUGAACCUAGAAAACCACAUCUCAUCCCUGUUGUGCCCUUUAGGUCAUUUCUCUUUUCCAGAGAUGGGCGGACCAAUUCAGGACACGGGAGACACCCUAGAGAAGAGAGGCAGGCUCCCUCGGGUCCUGUCUUUUCGCUCUUCAUGGGUCUGUAGCAUUAAAGGUCGUGUGAGCAUCAUGCUUCCAAAGUCAGAUUUCCUUCUUGAGACAGAGCUUGUUUACUUCAAACAUUUCAGCAGGUGGAUUACAUGAGCUUUGCUGUUUUCCUGGUCUUCCAAUUGCUGUCAUUGCUAGCUGCUCUGGUACUUGUAGGAGUGAGAUCUCUCACAGCCCCGGUCUAGAUUAUUUUAGAUGGGGUGAUCCACAUGCAAGUUACUGAUAUGUGAAUAGGCAGUUGCAAUGAAGUUACUCCUCAGGCUGACUUGAUGGUAGCUAUCUUUUCUCUAGUCAUUCAUUAAAUAAACAUUUGUAAGUACUGUCUAUGUAUAA